AUGGUCAAUGCAGGAGCGAUGAGUGGCUCUGGAAACCUGAUGGAUUUCCUUGACGAGCCGUUCCCUGAUGUGGGGACGUAUGAGGACUUCCACACCAUCGACUGGCUGAGGGAGAAGUCACGGGACACCGACAGACACAGAAAGAUAACCAGCAAAAGCAAGGAGUCCAUAUGGGAGUUCAUCAAGAGCUUGCUGGAUGCCUGGUCGGGAUGGGCGGUGAUGCUGCUCAUUGGCCUGCUGGCAGGCACCCUGGCCGGGGUCAUCGAUCUCGCCGUCGACUGGAUGACAGACCUGAAGGAGGGAAUCUGCCUGUCCGCCUUCUGGUACAGCCACGAGCAGUGCUGCUGGACUUCCAAUGAGACCACGUUUGAGGACAGGGACAAGUGUCCCCUGUGGCAGAAGUGGUCGGAGCUGCUGGUGAAACAGUCGGAG